GCUUGGAACCAAUUUCCAUGGGGUACUUAUCUCUGGCCGAACACAUAUACAAAUGUUUACAAUCUAAACCAACGGUACCAGCCAGAAAACAAGGGUUUUUCCUUACCCGGCUGCGUUUGGCCAUUCAAGUUUUGGAUUUUAGAAAGUUUUCCUGAAUUCAAAUCUCGGGAUGGAUUUUAUAUCGCUCCAAAAAGUCCGAGAUUUUUGAGUUGGGCCGCAGGAAAGAGGCUAGCAUGGAAUUCUAUGAAUCGGAUUAUUCAAGAUUCGACAAUGAUUGAUGAAUAUUUUCCAAGCUGUGAUUUAGUUCCCACCAGCGAAGAGUCAGAUACCAUAUGGUUCGGCUCGAGUUUGCAAUACAUAGUCAGUUUUGGUUUAAUGAAACCAGCCUCAGAAAAAAUGCAACCGUCUUUUGAACGACAUGUGUUUGAAAAUAUGAAGGUAGAUGGUGGAGACAAUGAUUGUUUAGAGGGUUUUGAUGGCAAGGUUGAUGGAGGCAACGAUGGAGGCAAUGAUUGUUUUCAUGGCAAGGUCGAAGGGUUUUCUUGUUCGGAAGGUCAUUAUAACUUGAAUGCAUCCACACAUUCAAGAAAAAAAAGAAGUGGAAAACCGCUCGGUGGGUGUAAUCUUGAUGAUGAAACACAAAAUUUUUUGAUAGAACAAUUUCAAAAGCUUCUAGACGAUCGGUUUGAGGAAAACUACCAGAGGUUGGCUAAGCUAGUGAAGCCGGAGUCGACAAUUUCUAAGGGAGCAGAUAGAGCAUCUAACGCUACUGAAAGGGUUGAUGCGGUCUCGUGUGGUGUAAAUGACAAUUGUAGCGAUUAUCAUGUGAAGACCGACAAGUUGCAUCCAAGUAGUGAAAAACAGAUAGAGGACAUUGAAGUGGCCGAGACUAGAAAAUCCGAUAGGUUAUCAAAGCCGAGCUCCUGGUUGCUCUCACCUUUCGUUGUGAUGAACAAAGUGGCGGGUAGGAAAAACCGGAAAGAAGUUAAAGAAGUUCCGCCGAAAAAAAAAAUAAAACAAAUAAAGGAGUGGGCCGAAAAGGAGCAAGCAACAAUUGAAAAAGGUGAGUCGAGGGUUCGAAAACUUGGCCUUACAAUUGAGACAGAAGUUGGCCCCGACUUUUGGCUUUGUUUGCUAGGCGUACAGCGGAGCGGUUGGUUAGACGACGAUGUAAGAACCAACUUUGUUACGUAAAAUAACAUUUAUAUUCUAAUUUGUAUUAUAUUAACACUCUAUUGUUUUACAGCACAUCUAUGCUUGCAUGAUAGACUUGUAUAACUCGAGACAGAAAACCGACCGUUGGUGUAUUUUACCACCUCAUUUCCAAUGGUCUCUUUUUUACUCAGGGACGAAUAAUGUUUUUAAGUAUUAUUUUGAUGGAUCAUUGGAGCCCUUAACACGAAUUGACCAAGUU